GAAUGCAACACGCUUUGUUGAAGAGUGGAGACUACAUUAGGCUAGUUAAGGAAAGCAAACCAUGUUAGUUCACCAAAGGGGUUGUCGUAUCAGUACCAAAGUUGGCACAAUCAUGUUCUUGACACGAUUCAUGCGACAGACCAUGGCAUAAGCAAGGUGUGGCAGCUAACUUCAUAGCAAAAACCAUGUUCAUGUUAAAAUCACCUUUAGUCAUGCUUAUUUACUUACCCGGAUUUAAAUGAACAGUGCCAUUUCCAGCAUCGAUUUACUUCGAGCGUUUAAUUCCUUUUGUGGUGGUUGGAGUGGCAGCUGAAGAGGGUUUCUUUUUGGGGCCUCGGCGAGAGGGUUUUGGGGAUUCAAUGGCUCCGUUGGUAGAGUCGCCAACCGUGGAUGCUUUGGGUGGGUGUAGCUGAUAAUGAAGCUUGAAAAGCUUUCCAAGAGGAGAAGGCCUUCGAGAGUAUGGAAAUUGCGUGGUUGUAUCGUUAGGGUUUAAGACAAGCAAGCGUGAAUAGUGAAGGUGUAGAAGAAAAGUAGCCCCAAAUUGAAGGGUUUGUCUCUGAAACUAUAUCGGGUCGUGUAACAAAUCGGAUCGGGUUACCCCAGGAUAUUUUGAUCCGUUGCAUCAAAAGAAUCUUGGUUUGGACUUGGCCUAGUCCAAUCAGAAAGAAACAGCUAAAAGGAUACGGAGAUCCAACGUUCUCACUGCAACAGAAACCUUUCUUCUUUGCAUCUGUCGUUGACUCGUUCGCUCUUGGGAAGGUUCCUGAGGAGCUUCAUCUAAAUUGAUUACUGCUUCUCGUCUCUGAGCUGUGUGAAGUUUCUUUGUUGCAGAAAAUGGGUUUCUGGACUUUCCUGGAAGGUCUCCUGCUUUUUGCAAAUGCAUUAGCAAUACUGAAUGAAGACAGGUUUCUUGCUCCAAGGGGAUGGACACUGGCAGAACUCCAAGGAAGCAAAAGAAAUUCGAUUAAGGGGCAGAUCAUUGGACUCAUACAUGCUUGCCAGUUCAUGAGACUACCACUUAUUAUGCUAAACACCAUCUUUAUCAUAGUGAAGCUAUUCUCCGGGUGAGGUCGAGCAGGACAAUGGCUCAUGGCUUGGCAUAUGCAUUAAUCCAUGAACAUUGAAAAUUUCCAGGACUGUCGACUGCUUUGAGUUUCUGUAUAGUUACUGCUGGGUUGAGGCCCAAAAUAAAAUGAGAGUAAAAGAAGUCAUUGUUCAAACGCUCAGCGAGCUCAUCUAACAUCUAGAGCUAUGUUAUUUUAUCGUUAUCACAUGAAUUUCUUUCUUUGCUGA